GAGGUGCCCACCGCGGAGCUCUCUGCCCACGCAGCUGCCAGCGCAGCUCCCUGGUGCCGGGGCCUGUCCUUGGAGGGAGAGCGCAGAGCCUUUGAGAGGAGCCGCACCCUGGGGAUGCCUGGAGGAGGGACAGUGUCGGAGCCCCAGGCUGCUCACAGGCCCCUGGAGAAGCCGCCCAGCACGGCCAUCCUGUGCAACACGUGUGGAAAUGUGUGCAAGGGGGAGGUGCUGCGGGUGCAGAACAAGUACUUCCACAUCAAGUGCUUCAUCUGCAAAGCCUGCGGCCGUGACCUGGCGGAGGGCGGCUUCUUCGUGCGGCAGGGCGAGUACAUCUGCACCCAGGACUACCAGCGGCUCUAUGGCACGCGCUGCUGCAGCUGUGAGCAGCUCAUAGAGGGCGAGGUGGUGUCAGCGCUGGGCAAGACCUACCACCCCGCCUGCUUUGUGUGCGCUGUCUGCCGGCUGCCCUUCCCACCCGGGGACCGAGUGACCUUCAAUGGGAAGGAAUGCGUGUGCCAGAAGUGCUCCCUGCCUACGCCAGCGGGCAGUGGUGCCCACGUACCCCAGGGCCUUCGGAGCUGCGGGGGCUGCGGCUUGGAAAUCAAGAACGGACAGGCACUGGUGGCGCUGGACAAGCACUGGCACGUGGGCUGCUUCAAGUGUGAGACCUGCGGGAAGCAGCUGAAUGCCGAGUACAUCAGCAAGGAUGGGCUGCCCUACUGUGAGGCCGACUACCAUGCCAAAUUCGGCAUCCGCUGCAGCAGCUGCGAGAAGUUCAUCACAGGGCACGUGCUGGAGGCCGGGGACAAGCACUACCACCCUUCCUGUGCGCUAUGCGUCAGGUGUGGCCAGAUGUUUGCGGAAGGCGAGGAGAUGUAUCUUCAAGGUUCUUCCAUCUGGCACCCAGCGUGUCGACAGGCAGCCAGGACUGAGGACAGAAACAAGACGCAGAGCUCCGUGUGCAGCCAGGCCUGCACGGGUGCCGUGCCCUGUGCCUUACAGGAGACCAGGACGUCCUCCGAAAGCAUUGUUUCUGUCCCCGCCUCCAGCACAUACGGGUCUCCAAGCCGCGUGAUCUACGCAAAGCUCGGCGAUGAGAUCCUGGACUACAGAGACCUGGCUGCUCUUCCCAAAAACAAGGCGAUCUACAACAUCGACCGCCCCGACAUGAUCUCCUACUCUCCCUAUGUCAGCCACUCCGUGGGUGACAGGCAGAGCUAUGGCGAGUCAUCUCAGUUGCUCUCGCCAACGCCGACUGAGGGGGAUCAGGACGACCGGUCCUACAAGCAGUGCCGGACUUCCAGCCCCAGCUCCGCUGGCUCUGUCAGCCUCGGGCGCUACACCCCAACCUCGCGGUCGCCCCAGCACUACAGCCGUCCAGCUGGUACUGCAAGCGUCGGUACCAGUAGCUGCCUCUCCCUGUCCCAACACCCAAGCCCUACCUCCGUGUUCCGACAUCAUUACAUCCCCUACUUCCGAGGCAGUGAAAGUGGCCGCAGCACACCCAGCCUCUCGGUGCUCUCGGACAGCCGGCCGCCCUCCACCACCUACCAGCAGGCACCGCGCCACUUCCACGUCCCAGACACUGGCGUAAAAGAUAACAUCUAUAGGAAACCCCCUAUCUACAAACAGCAUGGUCCCGUAGCCCAAUCCCCAAUGUCCAAGCUUUCUGGCCUGGUGUCAGUCUUGUCCUUGGUGGUGCAGGAGGCAGGGCGCUCCAAAAGACUGGCAGGGCCCAGCUCGCCCCUGGCUGCAGCUGCAAGACGAUUGGACGGGGAGGAUGGAAGUUUUGACCAGGACAGCAGGAAGAAGACCAGCUGGCUGCUGCUCAAGGGUGACACCGACACGAGGACGAACUCUCCAGACCUGGACAGCCAGUCUCUGUCGCACAGUAGUGGGCCGGAGCGAGAGCCACUCCCCAGAGCGCCUGGAGACAGCUUCUACUCACGCUUCCCCUAUUCCAAAUCUGACUCUCCCCCAGGACCCGGGAAGAACGGCUUGGACCACAGGAAUGCCAGUGUGGCCCCUUGGGGAGCAGAGCCAGAUCCCAGCUGGGGCACGCGAGAGUACAAGAUCUACCCUUACGACUCGCUCAUCGUGACAAACCGCAUCCGAGUGAAGCUGCCCAAAGAUGUGGACAGGACGAGGCUGGAGAGACACUUGUCGCCUGAGGAGUUCCAGGAAGUGUUCGGGAUGAGCAUUGAGGAGUUUGAGCGCCUGGCCCUGUGGAAGAGGAACGACCUGAAGAAGAAAGCCCUGCUGUUCUGAUGGCCGCCAGCGCCUCUCCCUGGGCCCCAGGGAUGGGAGAGAACCAUGCCAAGGCCCCACGGCACCUCACUCUGGCUUCUCUGUGUCGGGGGAACAGGGUGCCUGGGGAGGCCGAGCAGGGGUAGCGGGGCCCCAGCAGUGCCCCUCUUUGUGCCAGUGACACUCCUGCCUGUAGUUUAGGGCUGUCCCAAGUUUGACCCACCUUUCCCCGCUGUGGCUGGCGUCAGGAGAUCCUGUGGCCUGGCUGUCCCAGAAGGUGGCCACAGCUGUCUCCCCAGGUCCUCGGCAUGUCCGGCCCCUGUGCCAGGCACUUGCGGGCACAGGCGGCUGGGAUGUGGUGUUGGUGGCUGAUGUUGAUGCCCUCGGAGUGGCUGCUCGGAGCAGAGUGGGCACAUCCAGGCUCGCAGACAGCCCGGGGUGGGAGCGUGAUGCUGAGCAUCCUCAGGGCUGUGCCAAGUGCGAGGUGUGGGAUUUUCGCAGCUGUCGGCGACUGGUCUUUUGGGGGACAGAUGUGAGGCUGGUACAGCACCUACGCCAGGGCUCUGCCAGGCCCUGCACCCUUCUUCAAAUCAUCCCCUAGAUGCCUCAGUGAUAUCUUUCGAGUUACACAGAAGUUUUUAUUUUAUUAAAAAGUAUAGCUUCUUUCCACAUAAGAGGACAUAUAUACAGAGUUUAGUUUCAGUCCCUGCGAGGGGCAUCUCCAGCCUUACCCCACCUGCAGGUCUCUGUGGCUCCAAUUCGCCGUGUUCCUCAUGGACACGGCACCUUGUCUGUCUCCUCAUGUCUCUCUUCCUCUGUGUGUCAUUCGACACCCCGAAGACACACCCCUCUGAUGCUGUGUGUAAAUGUGUGUGAACUGUACCCACCCGUCUUCCUUGCUGUUGUUCUUCUAAAGUCUCAGAAAGGAAACCUCCCGUUGGCCAAAGCCCUGGAAUAAAGGUGUCCAUGCCCCAGCCUGGUCUUAUGUGGCUUCGGGCACA